AUGUCUACUUCACAAUUGGCACAACAAUUGGCACGAAUGGAGAGUCCAAGUCCGCGACUUGCUAGAUCACAUAGCGUUUCGAGCGAUAAGCAUUCAACAGCUAGCACUUACGCAGGGCUACUCUCUCCACCUCUCUCAAUUUCACCAGAACCAGUCUUCAUUGCCCAUUCAGCAGCUUCACAAAUCGUUACAAAUGAUCAUGAUAGCAGGGCGGAUGCUUGGCUCGAUCAACAUGGCAUUGAGCCUUCUGGAGAAACGGCAUUGGUAUCACCCGCUGCUCUGAAACUUGUCAACACAUUUCUUGAUCAACUUGUAUUCAAUUUUCUCUCGGUUUCGAAAUCAACUUCACUGGUGUCAUUACGCCCGGCUGUUGCCGAGGUCUUAAAGUCAAGGCUGGCAAGUGAUGCGGUCAGUGGAGCGGAUGCCGAGCUUCGAGAAUAUUUGGGUGGAAGUGAAGAUGAUGAAUUGUUGUCAUCGGAGAGGGAAGGUCAAUCCAGCCGAGAUUGGGAUCUUGAACUGGUAUGGAAGCGUACGAGAUUGAGAUGUAUGGUUUAUUCAUCAUUGGGAGAUAUGGAAGAGGAGGAUGAGGAUCGAUACACAGCUCAAGAGCAUCUCAAUGGAUCUUCGGAAUUUGGGGGCCGCGAAAAUGAAUCUGGAAUCGUUUCUCCAGCUGUUGCUAUCUUCUUGACAUCCAUCUUGGAAUUCAUGGGCGAACAAAUCCUAAUUAUGGGAGGACAAGCAGCGUAUUCCCGGCUUCGAAUGAAGUAUGAGAAAGAUGAGCGAGAUGGCGUAAUCAGACAAACUGAUAUUGCAGAACGUGUAGUUGUGGAGGAGGCUGAUAUGGAGCGGGUCGCAUCAGAUCGAAAAUUGGGAAAACUUUGGAGAGGUUGGAAAAAGCGCAUCCACUCGCCCACAAGUCCAGUGUCAAUAGGUCACCUCUCCUCGACAGAAACAGUAGACGGGCCAUCACAACCUGUACCGGCACUAGCGCAACUGGCUAGUAUACCUCUCGGCGAUGAUAAGCAACCACAAGAGACAUCAUUCAACGCACUGACCGAGUACGAACAAGCUGCUAUUAUUCCUUUACCAAUGUCCGUGGAUGAUAUUAGAGAAAUCGAAGUACCAGGACUAGCCCCAUCAAGCGACGAUGAAGACGACUAUGCGACAUCAGAGACGGAAGAGCUGCCAUUAUCUCGAAGACCGAAGAGUAUGGUUGUUUUCACGAACGCAUCGCACAAUCUCCCCACACCCAAUUCCUCCCAACCACCAACUCCCAUUUUCGCCGUCUCUCCUUUGAAAUCGAGGAAACGUGCAAAUUCAUUGCCACCUCCAAAUCCAUCUACUGUCACGUCACUUUUCUCCCGAGGUUCCAAGGAAGCAAAUUCGAACCAGGAGGAUUGUGUCAGCCCGACGCAAAGUGGAGCCCCGGUCUUAAAUGGCACGAUCACACCUGCAGAAUCAGAGAAGGAUACAGGGGAAGAAAUUGAGGAAGUUUCAAAUAGAACCAAGAGCGCUGUAAUGGAAUCGAAGCACAAGCCUACAGAUGGCUCUAUGAAUUUGGAUGACACCAGUAAGGAUAUAGAUUCUGACUAUGAAUUUGUAGAGGAGGAACCGCAGAUCAUGACUUCGUCACGUAUAUCUUUCGGUGGUCGUAUUUCUCCCGAUGACAAAGAUUCUUCUUCACGCUCUAGUCUCCCAUCACCAAGCAUUCAUUCCUUGCGCCUGAUCGAUGUCAAUACAGCGAAGAGUCCUACAACAAGAUCACGCAAAAGCUCGUUUGACGCAACUGAUUUCAUUGCAGGCCGAGUGAUCCCGAUGUCUAGAUCUAAUAGUAUUAAUUCACCGAUCGUCUCGGAACUUUCAUCUCGAGGUACAAGCCCACACCUAAGAAGCUCGAAUAGCUCUCCGUUAGGUCGAACUGGCUCCAAUUUGAGCUCACUGCCUCUCAACACAACUACUGAUUCUAUAUCAGAGGUAGAUGAAAGGGAGGUGGCUGGUGAAGAGUCUCCUUUGACAGCGGUACCAUCAGAGCUAGCGGCUGCGAUGCAAGGUGUUGACGUAGAUCCCAGUCCUACGUCUCAAACCUACCCUUCCUUUAAGCCAGCCGCUUCUCGGCCGGCACCAUUUGUGCUCGCUGCUCCUCCUACCCCGCAGAAUUAUCGAGAAAGCAUAAAAGGCUCGACCAGACUACAAUCUAGCCAGAGCAAGUCAUCAAGUGGAUUCUCAAACUCAAAGUUUCCAGCAAGUGAACAAGAUGGUCAAACGACAUAUCAGGGUGCAAAAAAUUCAUUUGAACCACCUCCAAGGUCCGUCUCUCGUCCAAUGGCCAAUCCUGCAAACGAAAAUUCGACGAUUCUGCCUAUUGUAAAAGAGGGCAACUCCCCAGAGAGUUUCAAACACAUCCCUCGUUCAUCCUCGGUGCGCCGUACGUCACCAACAAGCUCUAGAGGCGAGGAAGUGCCACGCAAGACUAUAUCAGAAACGCAUCAAAAAGCACAUCGCCCAUCCUAUACAUCUACCUCUAGCUCAUCAUCUGUUCAUCGUGUUCAACAAAGAAGAGUAUCGGAAGAAAGCGGUGUUUCUGCGAUGAGCAGUGUAGGUGAUUCCAAAUCAUUUGAAGAAUUGAUUCGAGGAGGCGAGACCAUUCAAUACACAUUGACACCGCAGAAUAUGCGGGCUAUUGAAAGUCCAGAUUCACCGUUGAGUUUAAAUGCCAUCCCUGUCCCUCGACCUGCUAUAAGCCGAACGCAUUCAACAUCAGUGAGCAAGCAUACUGGGUUGUACUCGCAUCCUCCAAAUGAUGUUUCAAAAAAUACUACUUCUUUGAAAGGCAGUAGUCGUGUUCGUGCCAAUGUCCAACCGAGAGAUGCAAGAAUAGAACGUGAUUCACUGGGCGAUUUCUCCGAUUUUAUUCGAUCCACAGGUCCUGCGGUUCCUUUCAAAAAGGAAGAUAUUCACUCACGCUCAAAUUCAAGUGCCGCUAGUGAGAUUUCCCGACCAAUAACCAGCAGUACUUUUCACAAAGGAACCAAUGGAACGCCGAGAAACGUCAGCAGCUCAAUUCCCCGUGUGGGUCCCGUUGCUACUCUUCCGACACGCUCAGCAUCAUCAGCGGGUAGAGCUGGAAGACCAAAUAAACUACAGGCUCGCGAUGCCACUGUAGGCAAAGAUUCUAUCACAGAUCUUAUCGACUUUGUAAGAGCUGGUCCGGAUGAGGUCGGUGGUCAUCGUAUACCACGAACUGUCGCCCCAUUCAGAUCUACCAUGGAUUCCGACCAAAUGUCUAGUUUCGCUGGUGGUAAAGCUAUCGAUGCAUCUCUACCUGAUUCUAGAUAUAGUCAAGCCUCUACUUACACAUCCACAAACCAUUCUGUAUCUUCGCAAACCGGACUCCUGAAUGGUGCCAGCAGGGCCAACAAGCCAAUGCCCACACAAAGUGGUAUGAAUUUUGAUGACGAAGAAGAUAUGAUGCCGAAACGAAAGACACGAAGAGUUAGGGAUCCAUACGCCAUCGAUAUCAGCGACGAGGAAGAUGAUGACGAAUUUGAGCCUUCUUCCAGGCCGGCACCCAUCAAAGAAGAGUCUUUGGCCGACUUUCUCCGCAAUGUACCUCCACCGCCUUCACCCAAGAUGACGUCCGUUUUCGCUGAACCUCCUAAGCCACCUAAGAAGAAGGCCAGCUUUUCUUCACGUUUCACUCGAAGUGGCUCAACUUCUCAAGUUCAGCCACCCAAAACAUCACAUUCUGCAAACUCCCGCACCGCACCCACAAAACACACGCCUCUUGCGCCAAUUAAUCCUCAAUUCAACGCUCCCCCCGCUGUUGGCAGUAGCCAGGGAAAUCAUUCUCGGCAACCCGAACUUCCACGAGCAACCUCGGGCUCAAAUGUUGUCCGCAAGCCUUAUGAAAGUCGCGAGCCUGCUCCAAUGAAGUUCAGAUCUCAAACCAGCGAUCUUGCAGACUUUUUACGAAACUCAGAACCACCUCCAUCGAUAGAACCUAAACCUUUCGUUCACGCAAAGGAGGAGAGUUCAUUCGCAAGUCGAUUCUUCGGUCGACGGAAGAAGAGCACUGCCGGGUUUUAA